UAAAUAAUCGGGCAUUCGCCGCGGGUGCCUCAUUCAUUUCCUUUUCAGUCAAGAUGGCGGGCGACGAGUCUGGUACAACGCUUGGUCAGCCUCAUCUGUCCAAACAAGACCUCACUUCUCUGGACGUGUCCACCCUCACCCCUCUGUCCCCGGAGAUCAUCAGCAGACAGGCCACCAUCAACAUUGGAACCAUCGGUCAUGUGGCCCACGGGAAGUCCACGGUGGUCAAGGCCAUUUCUGGAGUUCACACUGUCAGGUUCAAAAACGAGCUGGAGAGGAACAUUACCAUCAAGUUAGGAUAUGCCAACGCAAAGAUCUAUAAGCUGGACGACCCCAGCUGUCCCAGACCAGAGUGCUACAGGUCAUGUGGAAGCAGCACCCCGGACGAGUUCCCCACAGACAUCCCCGGCACUAAGGGCAACUUCAAACUGGUCAGACACGUGUCCUUUGUGGAUUGUCCCGGUCACGACAUUUUGAUGGCCACCAUGUUGAACGGCGCCGCUGUCAUGGACGCAGCCCUCCUGCUCAUCGCGGGAAAUGAGUCGUGUCCUCAGCCUCAGACGUCAGAGCAUCUGGCGGCCAUUGAGAUCAUGAAGCUGAAGCACAUCCUCAUCCUGCAGAACAAGAUCGACCUGGUGAAGGAGAGCCAGGCCAAAGAACAGUACGAGCAGAUCCUGGCCUUCGUACAGGGUACGGUGGCGGAGGGCGCUCCCAUCAUUCCCAUCUCCGCUCAACUCAAGUACAACAUCGAGGUGGUUUGUGAGUACAUCGUCAAAAAGAUCCCGGUGCCCAUCAGAGACUUCACGUCCGAGCCCAGACUCAUCGUCAUCAGAUCCUUCGACGUGAACAAACCCGGCUGUGAAGUCGAUGACCUGAAAGGAGGCGUAGCAGGAGGGAGUAUCCUGAAGGGGGUUCUGAAGGUGGGGCAGGAGCUCGAGGUGCGACCAGGUAUCGUCUCCAAAGACCAGGAGGGGAAGCUGAUGUGCAAACCCAUCUUCUCUAAGAUCGUGUCUCUGUUCGCCGAACACAACGACCUGCAGUACGCCGCUCCAGGAGGCCUCAUCGGUGUCGGCACCAAGAUCGACCCGACGCUGUGUCGAGCCGAUCGGAUGGUCGGUCAGGUGCUGGGAGCCGUCGGAGCGCUGCCUGAGAUCUUCACAGAACUCGAGAUCUCCUACUUCCUGCUGAGGAGGCUGCUGGGAGUCCGCACAGAGGGAGACAAGAAGGCUGCUAAGGUCCAGAAGCUGUCGAAGAACGAGGUGCUGAUGGUGAACAUCGGCUCGCUGUCGACCGGCGGCCGCGUCAGCGCCGUCAAAGCCGAUUUGGCCAAAAUCGUCCUCACCAACCCCGUGUGCACAGAAGUGGGAGAGAAGAUCGCCCUGAGUCGACGUGUGGAGAAACACUGGCGUCUGAUUGGCUGGGGUCAGAUCAGGAGGGGCGUGACCAUCACACCCACUGUGGACGACGACUGAGUCAGCGUCAACUGGAUAAACGCCGCCGUCACACUUUCCUCGGCUUUUUGUUGUUUUUGGUUUUUAUUUCCACCCAGAGAAGGAACAUAAUGGGACAUACUGAGGUGUAGACACGCCUCCUCCCUCUGUGGUCAGAGGGCGGAGUUUUACCGACAGACGACGAGAGGAGGAGCUUCAUGUUUGACAUCCUGCAGAGAACAUGGGAUUAUCCAGUACAGACGAGACCCUGUACUGUCCACAAACAAUAAAACACAUUUGGACAAAAC